ACUUUGAAAAGAGUUUGAGAGAAACUAGGGUUUGAGAAAAGACGAAGGGAGGAGGGGUUUUUAGGGUUUAUACUACAAUGGGGCAAAUGCUGAGACUUUUUAGUAUUGCAGCUCAUGCUCAGCGCCGAACCUUGGGACAGGUCAAGGAGGCUUAUUGGCUGAGUAAACCUUUUGGCAAGAGAGUCUUUCGUAGGCCACAAUGUUGAUACCAAAAAAGAACCGCAAGGAGAUUUACAAGUACCUAUUGCAAGAGGGCGUGCUGUAUGCAAAGAAGGAUUAUAAUCUUCCCAAGCACCCAGAAAUUGAUGUCCCAAAUUUGCAAGUCAUCAAGUUGAUGCAGAGCUUCAAGUCAAAGGAGUAUGUGAGGGAAUCCUUUGCAUGGAUGUACUAUUACUGGUAUUUGACAAAUGAUGGUAUUGAAUAUCUUCGCACAUACUUAAAUUUGCCUUCAGAAGUUGUUCCUGCAACUUUAAAAAAGUCUGCAAAACCUUUGGGAAGACCUAUGGGUGGUCCACCUGGUGGUGAUCGUCCUCCCAGAGGACCUCGUUUUGAAGGAGACAGGCCUCGAUUCGGGGACCGUGAAGGGUACCGUGGAGGCCCCCCUCAUGGACCUGGGGGACCUGGAGAUGUUGGUGAUAAGGCUGGUGCACCAGCAGCAUUUCAGCCCUCAUUUAGGAGUGGGAGUGACAGUGGUGGAAGAUCAGGGUUUGGUCGUGGAGGUGGUGGCUAUGGUGGUGGAAGUGGCUAUGGCUCUCAGCCUUCUCAAUCAGGGCUAGAGUAAUUAUUUCUGUUAGCAGUUUCAAUAACUAUUCAAUUUUUUAUGAGUGCCAUUUACUGAACACAAAAUGUUUACUUUUAGAUUAGGAGCUGCCAGCAUUUGGGAAAAAAUGCUGCAGUUUAUAAAUCAUUUUAAAUGUAACACCUACAAGGGGAUUUUUUCGGCAAUUUUAAUAAUGGAUCUCUAGAUGUGCAUAUUGAACACCAUCUUUAUCUGAGAUAAAUCAAUGAGGAAAUUGAUAUAUUUAUUUAACCAAAUACUUUAUCAUUA